AUGUUACUGGAUUUGGGUUGUUCAGGUUUAACUUUGCUAGAAAGUACAGUCCCGAUGCAACAACCACUAUUCGACUUGGUUUCGAUAGUUUCAGUAGAUCUGUUUCGUAAUAUUUAUAUUUGCGCACGGCAGUAUGCUGUAGGUAUGUUUGACGAGGAAAAUUUUGAAAUUCCAUUGCGACACGACGCGGCAUUAAAGUCUCCCGAAGAAACGCCUAGUAACAGGUACAUUAUAUUAAUUAAUUACACAAUAUCUGCAAGUCAAUGCAAAUCUUUCACGGAACUUGCGUUUAUUGUAUUCGUCAACAAGCGUAGGAAACGUUACGCGGUAUUAUUUUCAACGAUCGAAAGAAUGGUGAAUAUAUUAAUGCGAUUAUAGAUAAAAAUAGCAUAUACGUACGGUCGGAUUUCAAACGAGCAACAGUAAAUAGUGUCAAGCAGCGAGCACGAGAGAGAAGCCGGCAGAAAAAUUCUGUUAAUUUAACGUUGAAUUAUACUUACACACCAGUUGCUCACCAAAUUCUCAUUCAGACCGGCUCGAGAAUCCAGGCACUAACACGCCGUUUCUACCAGAGUGUUGCCUCCAUACUGACAUUGCAAUACGUGACCCUGCAGCAAGUAUCACCCCACUCUCUCGUUCUUCGUCGAGAGAACAGUGAUGAGAGAGUGGCUUUUACGAAUGUGAACCUUAAUGUCAAGUUCCCCGUAGCCCGGUUCUGAAAAAGAGCUCGUUACAUUUUUCAAUCUCGAGGAUCUUCAAUAUACAGUUGUACACGCAUUCACGUAGUCCGUGUCAAGUAUGUUUCUUUUUUUCCCUGUACAAUGUCGAGCGUAGUCAAACAGCGUGCACAUUUUUGUUUUGUCGUAGUUUUAAGCCGGCGAUGACGUAUUUCAGAAGGAAAAAACUUCGCUUCGUUACAUGUUCCUUAUAACACGUUGUACAUAUAUGUACAUUAUAAGCAUUUCCCUUGGACAUUGAAACGAAAAAAUAGUGAAUAUUUGGUGGAGUUUUACGCGUUUUCAGAUUUUCCUCAAUUUAUUUUAUGCUAGAUAUUUAUUAACAUCCAGACACUAUGAUGCUCUUUGCACGAAAGAUCCUUUACUACGAGUCCCGUGAAAGUGAAUGUAAAUUGCGCAAAAGUUUCGUAACGACGCGAUGAUCAUAUGGAACGUUCGCGUUUUUAAAGAAAACAAAGCGACAAAUAUUCGAGUCUGUUCUAUGGUAAUGAUAUUUAUUUAUUAUCCUUGGCAUUAUUUCUCUACUUUUCACUUUUUCUUAAACUCAUCAUGUUUUUUCUAGCAAAUUGCUCGGAUUCCACGGUGUUCUCGAAGGUCUGCGACGUUAGAUUGUAUAUUCACAGGUCUUUCAACUUCGUUAUACUUUCGAGGUACGUAAGCUUGUGAUUUAAGUUGCACAUCAUGACGUGAAGCUCCUGCAUUUUUUGUACUAUUUUCACGCGGACGUCGUUCUCCUCGUUGAUAUUCUCCCUGUCGGACGCCUUGGCAUUUUCUUCCACUUUAAUGAGCAGAGAAAAAUAUGUCGGAAUUUUUUUUCAGAAGAAUUCGUCUAUGCACGUAUUCUUAAUCCUCGUCCCCGUGUUCUAAUUUAGAUGGAGGCGUGCAGUACGUCCAACUUACAUAAAUUUCGAAGUUGAUUCGUUAAUUGAAAUUUCGUGUCUUGAAAGUAAUUCCAGACGCACAGCCAACUCAUGAACCAUCCCAAGAUAAAAUAGAUCAUUUGUUUAGCACGUGAGAAUAUUGAUGUCUUAGGAUCAAGAGAUUUCGAAGCUGAUUGAUCAACAGGACUUGACACUGAUUCAUCUGGUAUGUCACCUAAAUAAUGUCAUCAUGCGCUUUAGAAAUAUUACGAUAUAAAUUCCUAUUGAUUUUUAGAAUAUUAAAUUAUACAUUAUAUAAAAAUUAUACAUUUCUAUUUAAUGUUUGAACUACAUUUAAUUCAUCGCAUUAAUGAUAUAUGAAUUAAAUUAUUUUUACAAAAAUUGAUAGGAAUUUACUUAUAAUAAUAUUAAUAUUUGACAUUCUACGUAAAGUCUUAUCGAUUUUUAUUACAAUAAUUUAUUUAAUGCUCUCACUACCCUCUUCGACAAAAUCGUUUUGCGGUUCCUUUUGAGGAAUCUGAAGAUCAAUUCCAUCUUGCACGACUUUCUUUCUUAUCUCUAGCAACAUAUUUUCAGCAGCUCCAGGAUGACAAUUUGCCAAUUGAUUGAUAACACUUUUAGUUAAUUUCAUGUCAAUUUUGCUUAGUACUUUCCGAUUUAGCAUGUUCCAAUUUUCUUUUUUCGCAGUUAUGCUGUUCACCGACACGUAAUUAUGGAGAUCAACGUAACGAGGAUAAUAUAUUUUAAGAAUUUCCGCCAUCAUUACUGAAGAACAUAAUUCUUAAUUAUUUAGUUAAUAUUAUUAAUGUUAUAUUUCAGUUAAUAUUGUCUCGUAUGAUAACUACCAGCAUCCGAAAGAUCUCGAGACAAAUUUUUUGUUGGUUUUGAAAGAGGAAUCUUAG